GGGAGGGGGGUCUAAUCCAUGGUGACGUUGCGUAAACAUGGCGGCACAGCGAUUUCGGGAGUCGCUUGUUAUAGCUUGGGAGGAAUAGCUUAAUAAUUUAGUCCGCCCGAAGUUGCCUUCCUCCGCCGCCAUCUCUUCACGCUACGCGACGCUCGAGCAGGAUGAGUACAGUUUGACGCGGUCGAGCAGAAGCAGAUUCGCCAACAUCAUGGGCAUCAAGAAUUGCAACUCGGCGGACGACGAUGGCGAGCGGCAUCUGAUCAGCUCGCCGUCGUUGGACCCCCUGACCCGGAACCCCCGCACCCAGCGCUUCGUGUACGUGCUGGCCUUCUUCUCGGCCCUGGGUGGCUUCCUCUUCGGGUACGACACCGGCGUGGUGUCGGGGGCCAUGCUGCUCCUCAAGCGGGAGAUGAACCUCAACACCCUGUGGCAGGAGUUGGUGGUCUCCAGCACGGUGGGGGCGGCCGCCAUCACCAGCCUGAGCGGCGGUUACCUCAACGGGCUCCUCGGGAGGAGGAAGUGCACGCUGCUGGCCAGUUUCACUUUCACUAUCGGCGGAUUCAUCAUGGCAUUUGCCCCCAACAAGGAGGUGCUCUUGGUGGGAAGGAUCAUCAUCGGCCUGGGGAUUGGCGUGGCCUCCAUGACGCUCCCUGUAUACAUUGCCGAGGUGUCGCCCCCUCACAUGCGAGGUCAGCUGGUCACGGUGAUCAUCGUCCUGGUCACUGCCGGACAGUUCAUUGCCACCGUGGUGGAUGGUGCCUUCAGCUACAUGAGCCGUGGCGGUUGGAGGUACAUGUUGGGUCUGUCGGUGGUGCCCUCCAUCUUGCAGUUCCUGGGUUUCCUCUUCCUCCCUGAAAGCCCCCGCUGGCUCCUGCAGAAGGGUCGACAACAGGAGGCGCGCCAGGUCCUGAGUCGCAUCCGCGGCUGCCAGGACGUGGACGAGGAGUUCGAUUACAUCAGGACGAGCAUUGAGGAGGAGGAGAAGGAGGUGCAGGGCCAUGGAGGCGGACUAAUCAUCCUGCGCAUCCUCAGCUACGGGCCCACCCGUAGGGCUCUGUUCGUGGGGUGCUCCCUGCAGAUGUUCCAGCAGCUGACUGGGAUUAACACAGUCAUGUACUACAGCGCCACCAUUCUCCAGAUGUCAGGCGUGCGGGACGAGAGACGGGCCAUCUGGCUGUCGGCCGUCACCUCCGGGACCAACUUUCUGUUCACUUCCCUCAGCAUCUGGUUCGUGGACAGAGUCGGACGCAGGAAGCUGACGCUGGCCAGCCUCACGGGUACUGCUCUGAGUCUCGCCGUUUUGUCAGUGGGUUUCUUGCUUGCAGCACAGUACUCUCCUGCCGUUACGUUACGUCCGAUCGACACCCAUAACUCAUCCUGCGUAUUAUAUAGCUCCUGUGGAGAUUGCAUGUUGAACCCCGCUUGUGGCUUUUGCUACCGUGAGAACAGCAGCAGCGUGUUUGACUCCAGCUGCCUGCCUGUCAAUCCAAAGUCCACCGGGCAAUCGGCGUGGGGACGGUGUGCCAACGUGACAGAUGCACCGGAGGGUCCAUUUUGGGCCUACAACUUCUGCCCCACAUCUUACUCUUGGAUUGUCCUGGUGGGCCUCCUCCUUUACCUGGCUUUUUUUGCUCCAGGAAUGGGCCCCAUGCCUUGGACCAUCAACUCUGAGAUCUAUCCGUUGUGGGCACGCAGCACAGGAAACGCCUGCUCAGCCGGAGUCAACUGGAUCUUCAAUGUCCUCCUGUCACUCACCUUCCUUCACAUCGCAGAGCUCAUCACCUAUCAAGGCAUUUUCUUUGUGUACAUGGGCUUCACCCUGGUGGGCGUGGUCUUCACCUUUGGCUGUUUGCCCGAGACGCAAGGCCUGCAGCUAGAGGAUAUCGAGGACCUUUUCAUGGGACCGUUCUGCUCCUGCGGUCACUCCUCAGACCUCCCCAAUCAGAACAUCCAGUACAUCCGGGUAAAAGGCAACAACUACCUCCCGUCCGACAACGACGCUUCUGACAUAGACUAGGUCUUGGCGGUGGGAUUCGUGCUUUUCUUGUCUGGCUUUUUGUUUUUGUAAAGACUGCUGCAGCUGGGAUGAAAAUCACCUGCCCUCGGCGUGCGGAGGAGCAAAGAUUAAGCAAAAAUUUGCACUUUUCAGACAAUUCUCUGCUCCUGUAAUCUCCACAAUGAAACUGCCACAACAAACAGAAGGCUAAGCAGGCAUUCCAAAAUUCUUGUAAUUUCAAAUAUUAACAGUUUUUUUUUUUAUUAUUAUCUAAAACAAACCUCAAAGCUCUGAUCUAAGACGUUAUCUCUAAAUGUUUUCAUUAAAAUACAAAAAUACCAGAAAUUCAUAAAUCCGAAUCUCCAGAGUAAGACCAAUGGCGAUUAGCGUGCAAAAUUUUGGAAGUUGAGGGGGUGUGACAUUAGGGUUUCUCUCUGUGCAGUGGAGACUGCGGAUUGUUGGCUGAGCCCGGGUCAAGUAAGCGGUACUCAAGGACGACAAUUUUCUUCUCGGUCAGGCUAUGUUGGAUGGUCAGGUCAUUGGGAGCAGGAGCGUUGCCGCAGUGUAGCAGCCACGAGACGUUCUUCCAUAACUUUCACUGACUGAAGUAAAAGCCGGAGGAUUUCUUUAGUUUUGAAAUUCCUGCCACUUGGCUGACACACCUUGUGCACUUCUUAAAGAAAUGACAACGCCUGUAAAGAAGUUAAGGAAGUCAGUAGUGCAGGUAUGUUCCCAUAGUGAGACCCCAGCAGUCCACCUUAGCCUAUCGUUCCAAAGCAGUCUUUCACGGCCUGCUCUGCUCCAAUGAACCACAUUGCAGAAAGUGCAGGUAGUUGUGGGUAUUUUCCUAAUUCAAGGUUUAUAGUGUUGUGGUCUGCUUUUCCCAGUGCAAAGUGCAGACACCAGUGAGAUUGCAUUUUUUUUUGUGUGUCAAUUUUCCCAUCCCUCCCCCCUACAAUAACUGGUAAAAAGCAGGUAGUGGCUUGUCCAGAGUGGUGUGAUUAGAUUCCCAAGAUAUUAAAUUCAAUGCCUCGGUUAGGCAUGUUCACAUAAAAAAACCCCAAAAGAAAAACAAGUUUGACAAACACCAUAGGAUUACAGUUCUUUCUCGAGUGAUGGUGACUCAUAGCCCUCAACCUUUACAUUACAAAACAGGGCAAUUGUGUCGCUAAAGGUGAAGAGGUAUUGACUUUAGUACUGUGACUUUAUUCCUGGUACACUCCAGCGACGUAGCAAGAGUACUGUACAUUUUUCUCACCAGAUUUCUGAAAAAUGUAUGAAGACAGGGGUAGCGUUUCAUGUUAAAGUUUCAAACUCAGUUUUAUAGUGUCAAAAUUUGGGUUUCAAGACAUAUUAGGGUUUCAGUUUUAUUUUUUUAGAUAACCAAACUUGACAGUUAUCCUGUUAAACCAGCAGGACUCUGUUACUGUUAGUACGACUUUUUUUAGUGGCACACUCUUUUGACGUGGCAAGAGUACUGCUGUGCGUUAAUAUUUUGUUUCCAUGAACAGUUCAGUUCACUGCGGUAUGAGCGGAAAGGCCAAGCAAUAGUCUGCUUUUCAGAGAAUUGAUUUGGAAACGGAAUUAAUCGGAAACAGUUUGUUUGUGCCCUUGUACCUAGGUGAACUGGACUCCGCAGUGGAAAGUGUGGCUUUUGUUUUUUUUUUUUUGAAACACAUUCCUGGGACACAUUUUGGUGCUUGCUGUUGCACUUUAUGAAGCCUUUUCAUUUUAUUUUAGUCUUUGAACCGACACUAAAAGCCGCUGAAAUGUUUUUAGAAAAGUCCGGAAUUCAGCCCGGUGGACUACGGGACGGUGGGCUUGGAAAAUGGCAUAUCCGUAAUAACUGUAAGUAAACAAUUAAAAAUGGAGAAAAAAAACCCCUCAAUAUUGUAUAGUAUUGAAGCACCUUGAUGCAAAAAGGUAGAACCACAUUCAAUUUCUUGCUUUUGUCACUUUUCUGAAUUGUGCCUUGUUUUAUUUUCACAGCUGAAAUGACCAAGUUUGUGUACGCAGCACUUUUUUCAACCCCACACCGCCUUCACUUUGCUUGGGCAGGUAGAAGAGCGCCUCUAGCUUCGACAGUCCGACUUGCUAGACCAGAUGUCAUGCUGGGGGUGGGGAAACUAUUUUGCUCAAGGGCCUCAUUUCAUUUUUGAACGGGAUAGAUCAGCCAGGGGAUUCAUAGACAAGGGACAUGUGUACGUAAAUAGUUUACUGUAAUUAUAAAGUAUUUAUCUUUUAUCGUUUUUUUUUUUUUUUGGUUGACCAUUAAUUGGAUUAUAAUGAACUUUUUUAGCAAAAUGAAUACAUUUUGAAUGAAUCUAUUUUCAUAAACCAUUAUUGGGGGCACUUAAAUAAAUACAACAAAUAUUACAGGAUAAUUUUUUCAAGAACUGAGCUGGCUUUACAGUAUGCAGCACGUCGGACAAUUUGCCCACUCCUGUGAAAAAGGCACUCUUUUUUUUUUUUUUCAAAUUUCAAGACCACAGCACCAUGCAUUUGUCUUAUAAGUGUUUUUUUUUUUAUCAGAUUUGUCAUUGUAUUUUCUUCUUUAAUUGCCAUGAAAUGGAUGGAUUAUGUAUGUGUACUAUUUACAUGUUAAAUGAUAAAAUAAUUCCUUCAAUAAUGUUAGUGGGGUGGCUCAUGCACAAUGGAGGUUAAUUAGGAAAAUAAAAAGGAUAGGGGCUAGCCCAAGACUUGCAAAGUCGUACGUGGAUCUGGUUGGUUUAUUCUGUGAUUUUAUUUUUAAUAAAGUAAUAUUUAUAUACAUCGUGGCUGUCCAAUAAAAAAUAAAAAGCACCAAAUUUUGUGUUUCCCCGCCCCCCCUUAUUGGGGGCGAGGGUGAAAAUAAAAUCACAAUGUAAGGUGUUCUUCAUUGGACAGUGAUGCAAUGAUAUUUCAAAUGUAAUUACACAAUUUAUCAUAUUGAAUUGUAAAAUAUUUUUUGAGAUGUUGAAGUUGUUUGAAAACCAAAAUUCACGUUUUGUUUUUUUAAUUAUAUGUAUGGUUUGUAACCUCUUGUUCCUGAUAGGAAUUAAAAUAAUUUAAGAUAUUUGUCUGAUUUCUCCACACAUGUAUGAAAUAAAAGGAAUGUUCUUUA